CCGUACACACCGUGUCUGGGACACCGUACAGUCAGCCACAUGGCUCCCCUGUGCCCCAGUCCCUGGCUCCCUCUGCAGAUCUCAGCUCCUGCUCCAGGCCCCACGGUGCAACUGCUGCUGCUGCUGCUGCUCUUGGUACCUACCCAUCCCCAGCGCCUAUCCCGGAUGCAGGGGACUCCCUCCAUGGGAGGAGAUUCAUCUGGGGAAGAUGAUCCACUGGGCGAGGAGGACCUGCCCAGUGAAGAGGAUCUGCCUGGAGAGGAGGACACGCCUGGAAUAAAGACUGAAGCAGAAGAGGACUCUCCAAAGAUAGAGGAUCUACCCACCGCGGCUCCCAGGGACACUCACAGGAACAACAAAGGGGAUGACCGCAGUCAUUGGCGCUAUGGAGGCGACCCGCCCUGGCCCCAGGUGUCCCCAACCUGCGCCGGCCGCUUCCAGUCCCCGGUGGACAUCCGCCCGGAGCUCACGGCUUUUUGCCCCGCCCUGGCACCCCUGGAACUCCUCGGCUUCGAGCUCCCGCCUCUUCCAGAACUGCGCCUCCGAAACAAUGGCCACACCGUGCAGCUGACUCUGCCUCCCGGGCUGGAGAUGGCCCUGGGUCCCGGGCGGGAGUACCGGGCCCUGCAGUUGCAUCUGCACUGGGGGUCUGCGGGUCGCCCCGGCUCGGAGCACACGGUUGGCGGCCACCGUUUCCCUGCGGAGAUCCACGUGGUUCACCUCAGCACUGCAUUUGCCAAAGUUGACGAGGCCUUGGGGCGCCCAGGAGGCCUGGCCGUGCUGGCCGCCUUUCUGCAGGAAGGCCCAGAAGAAAACAGCGCCUAUGAGCAGCUGCUGUCUCAUUUGGAAGAAGUCGCUGAGGAAGACUCAGAGACUUGGGUGCCAGGACUGGACAUAUCUGCACUGCUGCCCUCGGAUCUCAGCCGCUACUUCCGAUAUGAGGGGUCUCUGACCACACCCCCCUGUGCCCAAGGGGUCAUCUGGACUGUUUUCAACCAGACAGUGAGACUGAGUGCUAAGCAGCUCCACACCCUCUCUGGCUCCCUGUGGGGACCGGAGGGCUCUCGGCUACACCUGAACUUCCGAGCCACGCAGCCUUUGAAUGGGCGAACGAUCGAGGCCUCCUUCCCUACUGGAGUGGAGCGGACUGUUGAGACUGUUCAGCCAGUCCACCUGAACUCCUGCCUCGCGGCUGGUGACAUCCUGGCCCUGGUUUUUGGCAUUCUCUUUGCUGUGACCAGCCUUGCCUUCCUUGUGCAGAUGAGAAGGCAGCAAAAACAUCCAAGUGGGACCAAAGGGGCCGUUAGCUACCAUCCAGCCGAGGUCACUGAGACUGUGGCCUAGAGGCCUGGAACGUGGAGAAUGUGCAGAGAAGCCAGCCAGAGGAAUCCGAGGGGAGCUGGAGACUUCGGUCUGUCCUGCCUAUUACACCACUUCCUUUUUAGUCACCAAAGAUUUUUUUAAAAUAAAUGUUUCUAAUAAAAUAUGUGGAAGGUA